AUGUUCAGCACCACAUACGCUCGCGCCUUUCUGGCACUGGUACUUUGGACCGGCUUCACCUAUGCACUAACAAUCAGCUCGCCUCUUGGACCUGUAGUUGACCUCAGUUACGCCGCGUAUGCUGGUAACGCGACUUCACCCACCGGAGACGCGAACAGCAGUGUCGUUUUCUUUGGUGGAAUACCCUACGCGCAGGCUCCGCUAGGAAACUUGCGUUUUCGAGCCCCUCAGCCGUUGAACGAGACUGCGACGGGGAAUGGCACGGUUGUUGACGCGAGGAACUUUGCGACGCCGUGUAUACAGCAGCCUGCUGUACUUGGGGUAGGCUCCGAAGAUUGCUUACGCCUCAACGUUUGGAAACCGGCGAAUGCGACCGAAUCGUCUAACCUUCCCGUCGUCGUGUACAUUUAUGGUGGAGGACUCUACGCGGGUACCACCCAAGGCUUUCCCAUGUACGACUGGGUAGCCGAAAAUCAAGGUAUCGUGGCGGUGUCGGUUUCCUAUCGGCUCAAUGUACUUGGGUUUCUGUCUGGCUCUGCGGUAGGAGAGGCACCUGAUGCGGACUUCAAUGCUGGUCUGCUCGAUCAACGUGCAGCGUUGGAAUGGGUUCAACGCAAUAUUGGAAAGUUCGGAGGUGAUAAGGACCAAGUUACAAUUGACGGGGAAAGCGCGGGUGGGGCAAGUGUAGUUAUGCAGAUGGUGGCCUAUGGAGGUGAAAAGGGGGCGCCAUUCAAGAGAGUCGUAUCACAGUCUAUUGGAUAUGAUCCUUUGAUUGACCCUCUCAGUUCUCGUGCGGAGACACUAUUUGCCAACUUUUCCAUCGCUGUCGGCUGCUCAAAUGAUACGUCCAACGUCUCAGCACUCGCGUGCCUGAGGGAGGCUCCACUUGAAUCCAUUGUCACCGGGAUAAAUGCCAUCGGGAACGGUGAUAUUGAGGCAGUUGUAGACGGCAAUUUUCUCCCAGAUUUACCAUCGCACCUGAUCACGUCUGGGCGCUUCAGUACAGUGGAGUACAUGGGGGGCCACUGUACCCAUGAUGGUCGCACUUUUGCUGGUGGUAAACCAAGUCAGUUUGUGACAGACCAAGACAUCGUCGCCCUUACCUUCCCGCGAUGGCCUUACGUGACGAAUGAAACUCUCCAAGAAGUUUUCGAUUUUUACCCGAAGGUUAAUGCGACCGGAAGUCCAUUCGUAACAGAAUAUGACAGAGCAUGGACGAUCGCUGGUGAUGUGAUCUUCACCUGCAUGGAUCAACUCAUCGCCGACACUCUCGUGAGCAAGGGCGUCGAAAAUGUCUUUUCUUUCAGAUGGAACACACCGAAUCCGGUUCUCUUGGCUGCCUCUCCCUACCUCGGCGUUAUGCAUACAUCCGACCUUUACUACCUGUUCGAUGGAACAACUUCUGCAGCCAACGCGGGCUUCACUUUUACGCCAUUCAACACGUCUGAGGUUCUGCUCUCACACGAAGCAAUUGCGUACUGGACCUCGUUCGCAGCCACGGGCUCCCCCUCAACGUUACGAUCGCCCGGCUCAACUGCCUGGUCUCCGUACCUUUCAUCGGCCACAGACCGGCUCCGAAUGGUCUUAACCGUCGGUAAUGGCAACGUCACACAGAGCGGUCUCGAGCAGAAAACUCAAUUCGAGGUGGAUAGAUGCGCUUUCUGGAUGCAGGAUGGGAUCACAGCGCAAACCCGCGUCUAA